UGUUUGUCUGCUAAGUUUUCACGGUUUGUAUAAAAGAAACAAUACUUGACAAUUUAAAUUUGAAAAUAAUCGCAAAAUGAAGUUCAUUAUUGCAAUUGCUUUGUGUAUUACACUGACAUCAGGCUCGCCAUUGAUUCAUCGUAUUGUUAAUGGUACAACCGUUCAAAAUCCUGUUCCAUGGAUGGCUGGUAUAUUAACAUAUUAUAAAGCUGAAGGACCGGUAGUAACAUUUGUCCGUGAGUGCGGAGGAAGUUUAAUUGCUCAUAAUUGGGUGUUAACUGCUAGACAUUGUAUUUAUACUGAAAAAGAGCAGCAAGCUAGUAACGAAUUUCAUGUGAUAGUUGGUAGUAACACCAAUUUCCUUCAAUUUAAAAAAGUCGUUGAAAUUCAUAAGUAUAAUAAAGAUCAUGAAGAUGACGUCAUUCUGUUAAAAUUAGAAAGUGAUGUAGUGGGAAUAGCGCCAGUUAAAGUACAAUACGAAGAUAAUAUUGAUUAUACUGGAAAAAUGGCCACAAUUUAUGGAUGGGGUAUAACCGAAACGCAUCAACAGUCUCAAGAUUUAAGGCAAACUAAUGUUGAACUCAUAAGUCGUGAAGAAUGCGGGGAAUCCAGAUGGGUCUGUUUUGAUCCAGAGCUCACAAAUUCAAACGCUUGCGGGGGAGACAGUGGUGGUCCAAUGGUUCUUGAAGAAAAUGGAGAGACUCUAUUAAUAGGUCUUGCUCAUGCUGUAGUUGUGUGGAAUCCCCCUCCCUCAGGAACUCCAUGUGAAGGCCCAAAGAGUUUGUACAUGAGUACAGCCCACUACGCUUCUUGGAUUCGAAGUAUUAUUGGAUAAUUAUUAUAUUGUUCGAUUGUAUUUCUUAAUAAUUUGUUUAAAUUUAUUAAUAAUAGCCAAAUAAACUAAUAAA